CACACACACACACACACACACACACACACACACACACAAAUGAUAAAGACACACCUUCACACUUCCUCUGUCAGUGUGUGUGCAACCUGCAGUGAGGGAUGGAGACCCGCGGCUGGAGCUGUGUGUUGGGGUUCCUCUGCCUGCCUGCUGAGGUCCUGCUGCACACCUGGACAGUUUCUCAGGAGCCCUCCUCCAUCUCCAUAAAGAAGGUAAACUCCUCCGCUGAGAUCACCUGCUCCUCCUCUCUGUCCGACCCCGUGAACCUGAUCCUGGAGAGGAGGUUUCACAGCGGAGAAGAGGUCAUGUUCCUGUAUUUAAAAAAUGGAAAAAUAGCAAAGAAAACCCCGAAUGCAGAGUUUAAACCCCGGGUUCAUGUAUCAGAACGAAAGCAGCUGGAUGGAGGCCUUGGUAUCACCUUUAAGAUCUCUCUGCUGCAGCUUCACGACACCAACCUGUACUACUGCAUCUGGACCUACAUGUACGAGGACGUAAGCCCUAUGAAACUGCAAACCAAUGGCACCAUCAUCAUAGUCAGAGAGAGAGAGCUGCAGGAGAACUGCGGAAGUCACACGAUGAAUCUCGUCCUGAUCGGAUUCAGUGUGACAGCGUUCAUCAUCAUCCUGUUCCUCUGCACUGGAGCCAUGAUUCUGAGACGCAAACGAUUUAAGAAACGCUUCAUCCCGGGUCGACCUGUUGAAGCCCCCCGACCCCCCAGGCCUCAGCACCUCUGUCCUCAACAUCAGCCGUACUUAAUGACGUCCGUCAGCACUCUGGACUUCAGGGGGAUCCUGUAGAGAUGUCAUGGAAAUGGGAAAGCUUUAAAAGAUAUGAUAAUAUUUGAAAAAAUGAAUACAAGUUAAAUUAAAUUGGAGAAUUGGAGAAUUUGAAACAUUAAAAAUUCACAACAUUUUAAAUUAAAAAAAUUCUAAAUUUACCAAAUUUACCAAAUCCUUAACUGAAUAUGUACAUGUGUGUAAAUCAGGAAUGAGGUUUAAUAUUUUUGAAGUCUCAAAUGUGAUCCUGAAAUAUGUGAUGUGUGGGAUGGAGUGUUGUGCAGCGAGAGGCUGAAUAUAAACACACGUGGUUUUUCUGUUUUGCGUUGGUUGUUUCUGUUGCUGAUUUUGAGUUUCUCACAGUACAUCUUUCCUUUGAUUUAUUUUGAGUCAUCAGCAGCUGAGACGUGUCUCAACCUUUGCUAUGUUUUCCGUUUCCUUUAAAAUACGACAGUUUGUGUUGUUUAUCUUUACAGAAAGCCAGUAGAGACCACAUCCUGUAGCCUUUCAGAUGCUGGUGAAUAAAAAACUGCAGAGCAAGCACUCUGGGUUUUCAGUGGCAUUAAAGGUUUUUAGGUAUUUUCUUUGUGACUCAAAAAUGUUGAGUUUGAACUUCGUUUCGUUUGAUUUGACUUUUUGUUUUUACUUUCAGGAGCCAUUUAUAAAAUUGGCAAAGCAGAACUUUAAUCACCAUUAGAGUGUGGGACAAUGAUUGUUUGUAUUGUAUAUUUGUGCCUGUUCAUUAUGACUUGAGAUGUUUCUGAUUGGGCUACAGACUGCUCAUGUAAUUUCAGAGGUUCAUGCAAACUUUUUACAUGUUGUUUUUUCUACACAUGUUCCUUCAGUUACUCUGUCCAUAACAAAUAAUCAAAUAAAUGUAUAUCUGUCGUAUUA